AUGGCGAGCUGCAGGAGCAGCGUGGAGAAAGCGGCGGUUUUGUGCUUCUUGCUGGCAGUGGGAAGCCUAACCUCCUGCGCUCGGCCUGAGGAGGAGGAAGAGCAAGAAAAGCAGCGCUCCUGUCACGGUGCCUUUGAUCUCUACUUCGUCCUAGAUAAGUCUGGAAGUGUCAGAAAUCAUUGGACAGAGAUUUAUUCCUUUGUGGAAAGCCUAGCUGAGAAAUUCAUAAGUCCAAUGUUGCGGAUGUCUUUCAUAGUUUUUUCUUCACGAGGCACUACAGUCAUGAAACUAACAGAAAACAGGGAAGCCAUAAGACGAGGGCUCAACAUUCUUCAGCAUGAAGUGCCUGGAGGAGACACGUUCAUGCAUGAAGGAUUUAAAAGGGCAAAUGAGCAGAUUUACCAUGAAACCUAUGGAGGAGUUCGGACUGCUAGUGUUAUUAUUGCUCUGACGGAUGGAGAAUUGCAAGAAGUUCAGUUUUAUUAUGCAGAACAAGAAGCCAACAGAGCCAGAAGCCUUGGGGCUAUUGUUUAUUGUGUUGGAGUGAAAGAUUUCAAUGAAACUCAGCUGUCAACAAUUGCUGACAGCAUCGAUCAUGUUUUUCCAGUUACAGGAGGCUUUUAUGCCCUAAGAGGAACCAUUGAUUCAAUUCUCAAGAAAUCUUGCAUUGAGAUCCUAGCGGCUGAACCAUCAAGUGUUUGUGCAGGAGAAUCAUUUCAAGUCGUGGUAAGAGGCAAUGGCUUUUAUCAUGCAAGAAAUAUCGACCAGGUGCUCUGCAGCUUCAAACUCAACGACAGCCUUACUAUCAAUGAGAAGCCAACCUUUGUUCAUGAUACUUACUUACUUUGUCCUGCCCCAGUGAUAGAAGAUGCUGGACAGGUGGUUUUCCUACAAGUCAGCAUGAACAAUGGGCUAACGUUCAUCUCCAGCUCUGUCAGCAUCACCAGCACACAGUGUUUGACUGGGACCAUACUUUUCAUUGCUCUCCUGAUACUCUUUCUGCUGCUGGCUCUGGCUCUUCUGUGGUGGUUCUGGCCUCUCUGCUGCACAGUGGUCAUCAAGGAGCCACCGCCACCACCACCUCCAGAGCCCGAAUCAGAUGAUGAAGAUGGAUUGCCAAAGAAAAAGUGGCCAACCGUGGAUGCAUCUUAUUAUGGAGGUCGAGGUGUUGGUGGGAUAAAGAGGAUGGAGGUGCGAUGGGGAGACAAGGGAUCAACAGAGGAAGGAGCAAAACUGGAGAAGCCCAAAAAUGCUAUUAUUAAGUUGCCAGAACAGGAGUAUGAGCCAUGGGAACCCAAGCCGAAAAAGCCCCAUGUGAGAAAACCACCUUCCCAGCGGAAAUGGUACACUCCCAUCAAGGGCAAACUUGAUGCACUGUGGGCUUUGGUUCGACGAGGCUAUGAUCAAGUCUCUCUUAUGAGACCGCAGCCAGGGGAUAAGGGAAGAUGCAUCAACUUCACUCGGGUGAAAUCAGAUGGAACCUCUGCCCCUUACAUCCCACCACCAAAGCUGCCACAGCGUGACAAUGUUCCUCUCAACAGUGCUCCAAGGAAUCCUUCUCCUGCAUCUCUGCAGCCUCCUUCCAGGCAGCCACCUCCUGGACCACCCCCAUCCCGAGCCCCUCCUGGACCACCUCCUUCACGCCCACCCCCACAGCCCAUGGUUUAG